GCCAUGGUAUGGAGAGGUGUCAAAACAAACUGGGAGCUUGUGUUGGCUGAACCUCGGAGUUACAUCGGCCUUUACGCACGGCUCUUAUUUGCAUGCGGCUGUUUCCUAGUUGACAUUGAGGGACUGGUCCUCCUGAGACUCUUGCUUACCAAUGAUGGCUUUCACUAUGCUGAGGCCGGUGUCCACUCAUCCCUUCUCUUACCCCGCUGACCUGACCAUGAUGUCGGACGAUGAGGAGGGGAGCCGCAGCGAGAGCGACGGCAGCACCGACCAGGGCUACGACUGCUGCGGGACUCCGGUGGAGGGUUACCGGCGGGAAUCCGGUGGCGUGGUGGUGCGUCAGCGGAACGCCGCCAACGCCAGAGAGAGACACCGGACCCAGAGCGUGAACUCGGCCUUCACGGCUCUGCGGACACUUAUCCCCACGGAGCCGGUGGACAGGAGGCUGUCCAAGAUCGAGACGCUGCGCCUGGCGUCCAGCUACAUCUCGCACCUGGCCAACGUGCUGGUGGUGGACGGCAGGGAGGACGGUCAGCCGUGUCUCAGCGCUGUCUACAAGGAGCUGAAGGGGAGUGGAGGGGGCAAGAAGCCCAGGACCAUCUGCACUUUCUGCCUCAGCAACCAACGGAAAGGGGUGACGGACAGACGAGACUGUGUGAAAAUGCAUGGGCACAGCCGGAGACAAAUGAGUCGGUGAUGGAACUGUUUAACCCGGAGCAGGUGUUGAUCUUCUCUUCCUGCAAGCAGAACUUGUAAAAGUCUAUAGAGUCAUUUCAGAAUGACAGCAGUCUCAAUGGAGCACUCUUUUUGGGAGUUUGGUCUCUUAGAUGUAUGAGAUAGAAGGUUUGGCACCAAAACCAUCUGUGUGUUGCCAGCAGAUGAAGAAACUCUUUCCAUUGUGAUAAGGUCAUGGGGUGAUAUUGUAAAACUGAGAAAAGUGUAGAGUAAAGCUGCUAUUGUAUAUGGUCAUGGAUGUUUUUUUCAUAUCAUUACAAAAUCUGCUGAGCAUUUUAUGAGGACUGGUAAAUAAAGAUAAAUAUAAUUCUACACAGUCAGUGAUCUUUGAGAGAAGGAACUCUCUUGCUCUGAGUCUUGAAACAUAGCAUUCUUAUUUACACAAGAAGUGUGUAACAUCAGAAAGAGUUUUGCACAUGGGCCAUAGGAUAGUCAAUAUAACCUGCUGUCGAUAACAGCAGGUUAUAAUCACACAGUACUGUGGAUUAAACUAGUAACCAAUAACAUAUUGUUUAGUUAUCCAAUAAUUCAAAUUCAAAACAGUAGAAUUUGACAUUUACAUUAGGUAAAUAGUUAUUUUAAUACGUAACUGGCAUCAGAUGAUCAUUGCACUAAAUCUCUAUGAUACAGGUUAUGUGAUCCUGCUUGAGGUUUGUUUUCACAAUGUCUUUUGUGUUCAUAGGUCAAAGCUUUUAGUUACACGUUUUAAAUUACCAAUUAUUCUUUGUGUGAAAUAACUAUGUUACAUAUUGACGGGUCAAUCAGAGACACAUCUGGUACCUGACAUGUUAAUAUGCUAUAUUGGGUAAAAUAUUUGUUAGACUAAACUCCACAAGAGUUUGCAUUGUUCUUCAAGAGGACAAAAGCAGAUCAGGACAGACCACUACAUCUACAAGCCUGGUCUAGGAUCAUGUCCAACAGGAUACAUCAGUGCUUUUUCAUGACAAUGUUGUAAUGUACU